AUGUUCACUCUUGAUUCUUUACACGGGGUACUAGAAAACCAGACAUCAACCGACCACAUCAUAUCAAACACUCCAAACGCGGCCCGGGAUUGGCCGCCAACAAAACGCGGCCUUAGUUUUCAAUGGUUAGCAGAAGUGCAUUGGAGCGAAUUGGCUAGGACUUCGAGGUGGUUCAGUGCUUGCGAAUAUGUAAAUGGUAGCGGUCACCGGGAUAUAUUCGCGAGAGCUCUAAUCAUAUUGGAGCCACCGAAAAGUUACAAGAAAGCAAUGUGCAAACGAAGCCGUUCUACCGAUAGCACCUUCCAUCUUCGUGACUUAAAGCACUGA